UCAAAAACGAAACUAGCAAAAACAAACCCCACACACACAUUACACGAUGGAAGAAAGAGAAGACGACUCCGGUCGGACUCGCCCCGUUUCGCUAUAUCCUUGGAGUGAUUUUGGGUUCAUUCUAGGAGUACUGAGGAGGAUGGGGUGUUUCUUUGGAUGUUUUCGAGUAAAAUGUGAUAAUCGUUCUCAUGCACAUGUUGGCUCCGACGCAGUUGCAUCGAAGAAGAGGGAUGCUUUACUUUCAGGAAAUAAACUAGGAACUUUAUUUCUUUCUGAAGAAAGAGAAUUCUCUCCUUGCGAAGACACAAGGUGUCAUACUUUGGGAUCAGCACUGCUUAGAGGAGAUGGUGAAGAGAGGGAGCUAAGGGACGAGGCAAAAUUCCUUAAAGCCUGCGGUACGCUGCUGGAAACUCCCGCUGAAAUUCGAAAAGCAUCAGAGAAAGUGAAAGAUUCCCCAACCUGUGAUGGAGGCUCGGAACAUUCCAAGUUGCACUCAUGGCUUCCCAGUUCAUCCGUUAAGAAACUCCACUGGGUGGAGCAACCUGAGCAGUCUUCUAUUUCCCCUGCUAAAUUUUGUGAAAAUCUGGGAGGGCGUUCUCCUGAGCACAAGCCUAGCAGCUGUAUGUCCAGAGGAGAUAUGGUAGAGAAGAUCUGUAUCAAGGAAGAUAGCAAGUUUGAGAGACCUGACACAGAAAUUACAAAUCCUGUUUGUGCAAUCGACCAUGAUAAACUCUCCUCGGUUACUCCUGAGCCUUUGACAGAAAAUAUCCAAUCCAGGAACAAGAGUGUGCACUUUGAAUGUGAGUAUCCAUCAAAUGGAAAAUGUUUUAAGCAAUCUGAUGUCCCAGGUAGUCAUAAUGGAUCUAAUCGUUCUCCUUAUCCAACACCAUUAAGACUAACUGAUGAGAUGCAAACUCCUGGAACCAUUUUUCCAGUAAGCCUAGAGAAUUAUUCAAAUGGGAAGAAUGCUCGGAUCAGGUCCCAGUAUGUGUAUCCAGUUCUUAAUCCUGUUGAGAACUUCUCUCAGUGGAAGGUACUGAAAGAGGAAGACGGUACUUACCAACAAAUUGGACCAGAAAGAGAAUCUUUUGAGAAGAGUGGACAUUCAAGUCCUCAGUGUACAUCUAUUUCAUUGUCCGGUAAGUCAGAAAUGCUCCAUGAAGGAGCAGCUACAGUUGGCCAAGACGUGAAGCUGGAUGCAAGCUUGGCUCAGUGGCUGAAGCCAUCUUCACCAAAGAAUGACAGGAAUCAAAACAGUGGUGCUGGGUCUAUAUCGACUGGGAAAUCUACUAAAAUGUCAGAUGAUGACAGACCUAUUAUUGGGAUGGUUGCUGCACACUGGAACGAUGAUGAGCUUUCUCAUGUCUCACCUAAGUGGUGGGAUGGUAAUGGAAUCCCAAAUUCAACUAACAAAUACAAGGAGGAUCAAAAAGUAAGCUGGCAUGCGACCCCGUUUGAGGAGAGGUUAGAGAAGGCAUUGUCAGAAGAGAGUAAUGUCUACCAAAGGAAGAAUGUCAGUGGGAGGCCUAUCAUUUUUGAAGAUAAUGAUGAGAGUGACACUGCUGUAUCUCGACUACAUACUUCAGCACAACCUGAAUCAGUGGUUUCGUUUUGAUGAUUGUGGCAUUGUCAUGCUGUUAAUAGAAUCCAGGUUACUUGUUUGACUGGAACUUAUCAUGUGGACUGCUCCAGCUGAUGUAAAAUAUGACAUUGACUCUUCUGCAUCUGGAGGAACAAAUUGGGUUCUCUAGUGUUAACCUACUUGGUUAACUUUUUGCAUGACAGCUGCUUGCAAUGUUCAUUAGAAAAUUGUCACUAUUGUUUCAAAGAUGCAUAAGAGGGGGGGGGGUGUAUGGAUUGAAUAUUGAAGAGUAUUCUUGAGCUCAAUAACACAGCCUUCCUUGCAAAUGUAUUGUAUUGAUAUUUGUGUGAAGUGAUGCUUCUGGUUAUUUAUAUCUCUGGCAAUGGCAAUACUGCAUGUUCAAAGUGGUUC